GCCUUCUGACCUCAACUGCUCUUUCAGAGGCCACUGUGUUUCUGGACAACCUGUUAACCAUGCCCAUUUGGGACGUGCUCUCUUUGAAUUAGACCUGCAGCAAAAAUACAUCUGUUCUAUAUGACCAAUGUAGCUAAUUUGAAAUUAGUCCUGGAAGCCACUGGAUGUACAAUAUAAAAAUUAAUCUUCAACAGGAAAUGUUAAUAAAGGAAAAAGAUGAGAAGUAGAUAAGUUUACACCUUUUGCAACUUAAAAUUAUCACAAAAUUCAGCAUAGGGAAAGAACUUUAGUAAUAUUAGCUGGAUUCCAUAGUAUUUUGAAGAGCAUUUCAAGACAAAAACAUUUGAUUAGAGAAAAGUAACGAACCUUAAUUUGUUAUGAACAGGCAUUAUCUUCUCACCAUCUAAAGGAAAGAAAACAGCCAUAAACUUAUUUUUUUUUUAUUUUCAAGGCUCUGUACAGUUAGAUAUGACAUUUCAUAGAGAAUGAAGAUGAGGGACCAGUCCAGUCAGUCCUUGCUCUUUGAUAUGAAAAAUGAAAUUGUAAGUAGAGAAGACAAAAUAUGCUAGAUGGAGGGAAAUAAGCUUUAGCAUGAUGAGAUUACCUAAGGCAGCUACUGUACUAGCAUUAAGUAAAAGCAAAAGGCAAACAGAAAAAACAUUGCUAGAACUCUCAGAAUUAGAUAGUUAGUUCCAACUGAAAGAGAAGUGAAAUGGAAAAGGGUCUCCCAGUCUACUGAUGGACCUGUGUUUAAUAUCAGCCAAAGUAGUUUAUAUGUACCAAGCAAGUCUCCAGAUGGAAGUUGUGCUUUCUCUGCCAAGACAGUUCUCUAGGGCAACAUUGGAUGAGGUCUUCUCAAAUAAAUAGAUGUGAAAUGCUGCAAGGGGGGCAGAACAAACAAAAAAAAUUGAAUUCCCCUAAUACUAUCUUUGUAAAUUAACUAGAUGUUUUAACUCCCUUUUUCUUUUACUUUUUCUGGCACAAGAGCCCCAAAUACAACACAACACAACACAUUCAUCUAUCUCACAAAAGGAAAAAAAAAAGUUCAUUUCAUAUCAGAUGCUUUGCGUCAAGCCUGCUAAGGCUCAUAAAUCAGCUGUCUUAUUGCCCUGGUCAUUUCAACCAACGUCUGACCCUUUUGUUAACUCAUGAUUUAUAACUGGAAGUUACUUUUUUUUAAAUGCCAGAUUUAUAAACUUUACUGUGCUUGGUUUGAUAUAAUAUCCAUUUUGUACACCAAGCUAUAAGACAGUAAAUUUAUUGUCUAUGAACUGUUACCUUGAAAAAUUACAUCAAUGCAAAGUGGUUCCCAUUUAGAAUCAAUGGGCAAUAAAUUCAUUGGAAUUUUUUUUGAAGGGGGGAGAGAACAUGAUGAUAUUUAUGAAGUCAUGAGCGGGUAUAUAAUGGGAGAAACUGGCAGCAGAGGCAACACUCAGACAGGAGUUCUGAGUUACAGGGGUAGACAAAGACAAAACAUAUUCAACACAGCAAUGAUGCAUAAGCUGAUAUUCUGCUGUCUCAUUAUUGUCAGCUUCUCCUGUCCUCUCUCGUCUCUCCCCAUCAUCAACACCAGUGAGAUGUCUUAUCAACUCUCAGCUGAUGAAGACUCGAGAUUAAACCUGGAGAGGCUGGGCAGCCCAGGAAGCACUUCUCUGAUUCAGUUUCUGCCAGAGCUCUUGGGCACACUGACUGAAGACAACAAAGCAGGUCUUACUCCCAGCAACUACAACCCAGGGGAAUAUACCAAAGCGACUUUCUACGGAAAUCAUCCUCGAAUUGCUUUGCUGGGACGCUUCUUGACCAAGGACAGGAAACAGUACAAGAAACGUGGGAAUCUUUCCGAGUGCUUCUGGAAAUACUGUGUGUAAACAGGAAACCUCCUGACAGGUUGCAUAAUUUAUACAGAUGUCUGAAAACGUGUAUAUAGAUUUGCUUGAUUUAAAAUGAGAAUGAAGAAACAUGAAGGCAGCGCCUAACUUUAGACUCUACGCUACUUGGAAAUGAAUAAAUUCUUGAUAUUUUGCAA